AUGACCACGGAGGUGAUGAAGCUGUUGUAUAUAUCAGUUGAGAACGAUGAAGUGACGCGGUUUCGUUACACACGUCCUCUAUUGCAGAGUACUCUUCAGUUCAUGGGAUGUAAACCUCGACAUGCAUUUAAGAUUACUCAAAGAGUAUAUGAAAAGAUAAAGAACCAAUUCUACCCCACUGAUAAUCCUUGUACUGAAGUUAAUCGCAGUCAAAUUGAUUUGGAAAAAGAUAAUGAUGGGAUUGCUCAACAGUUUGAGCUUUAUAAAAAGAAGACUACUAUUGUAGUUAGCAAGCAGAUUUUCAUCAGCAUUAUUUGCAAUGCUCUUGCUGAAUACAAGUAUAUUGGUUCUAAGCAAUCUGAAGAUCUACUCUUGGCUUGCAGGAUUCGCGAAAAGAAAGAGUCAAUGAUUAUCCUUUUGUGUGGAACUAGCGGUUGUGGAAAAUCCACCUUGUCUUCGCUUCUGGGAAAUAGAUUGGGAGUGACAACAGUGAUCUCGACUGACUCAAUCCGUCAUAUGAUGAGGAGCUUUGCGGAUGAGGAACAGAACCCCUUGCUUUGGGCUUCGACAUACAAUGCUGGUGAACACUUAGAUUUGAAGGCUGUGACAGAGGCAAAGUCGAAAAAGAUGGCGAAAAAAUCUGGAAGUAUUAAUUCUGCUGAUUUAAUUAUUAGUCAAAAACAAUUGGCUAUUGAAGGAUACAAAGCGCAAAGUGAAAUGGUCAUCGACAGUCUCGAUAGACUAAUCACAUCGUGGGAAGAUCGAAAAGAAUCUGUCAUCGUGGAGGGCGUACACUUGAACCUUAAUUUCGUCAUGGGAUUGAUGAAGAAACAUCCGACGAUUAUACCAUUCAUGAUCUACAUAGGCGACAAGGAUAAACACAUGGAACGAUUUGCGGUUCGUGCAAAGUACAUGACUCUUGACCCCGUGAAAAACAAAUAUGUGAAAUAUAUUCUAAACAUAAGGGCAAUUCAAGAAUAUCUAUGUAAGAGGGCAGACAGGUAUCUUGUCCCGAAAGUGAACAACACUAAUGUAGACAAGAGUGUGGCGGCUAUUCAUGCCACGGUUUUCAGUUGCUUAAGAAAGCGUGCCUCCGGAGAGAAACUCUUUGAUGCUGCCACCAACACGGUUAUGGCGGUUGACGAGGAAUAUAGGAAUAAACACGCUGCGAAUUCAAUGAGUUCGAAAAAAAUGUCCCAACUCAUUCAGAGAAAGGAUUCAUCUAGGAAAUUGAUGGCUCUUAUGAACACGGACGGUUCCGUGGCUAUAACUUGGCCCCUUAAUGGGAAUCCCAUUUUUGGCGAGUCUUUCGAGGAUGAAUCGGAAUACGAGACUGUUGAACCUUUUAAUCUUCAGUUUGGACAAUAUGGAAUGAGCGAAUGGACGAGGGGCAAUGGGGAAACGAGUUAUUAUGGUAGCCGUAUCGAUUAUGAAUCUUCUCGUUGUAGCUCACCUCGGUUUUCUAUUAGCUCUUCCAAGGAGGUAUUAGAAGAAAGUUUUAUAAAUGUAAGCGACGAUGACGACGAGGAGGAGGUUGAGGAAGAACACUCGGAUAUGGAUAGCGAUGAAGAUUAUAAGAACCGGGAUAAUGCACUUUCCGAUGGGGAAGGAUCGGUUGAUGAGAAUUCUACUAAAUCAGACGAAGAAUACGAAGAUCUUGCGAUUCUUCAAGAAAAAGAGGAAGAAUGCUGGGAGAACAUUGACGGUUUCUCGAUGAAGGAUGAAAGCAAACCAUUAACAGAGUUGAAUUGCUCUCAUUAUUCUUCUUUGCUUCAAGAGAACAAGAUCCAUUGGGGUUCUGAAAUCAAAAGUCCCAUUAAUUAA